CUCCUGUGGUACGCCAAAUGCAGUUGUUUCCCAGCCUCUUUCCUCUCUUUGCCUCCAUCCCUCAGCUGUCCCUCUCCGUCGCCCGGCACAAGCAUAGAUCACACACAUCAGCAUUCGUCAGUGCCGCCCCUCUCAGGCGCAUCCAGGGCAACCAUCAUCACCGCAAUGCCAUGCCCGACAUCUCACGAAGUGCCACCUCCCGCAGCUUGCUCCGCUUCCCGCGCUUCCGCAUGCCUUCUCGUCAGCUGCGGAUGGAAAUCGAUGCAGGUACGGUGCAGUGCGCAGAUCUCUCUCGCCUCACAUCUCAUCCAAGUACACAUGUGAGCUGGUCCUGGUGGUGUGCUGUGUGCUGUGUGUGCAGACUGCUCGUUUUGGAAAGACGGCGCACGUGUCGGUUUCGGGGCGACCAGCACACAAGUUGUGAGCGUGAGGUCCCAGCUUGACACGUGGGAGAGCUGGUUCAGGUCGCCCGGCAGAGUGUUGGAGGCGCAAUGGCCACCGAACCUGUAAGCCACACGGUCGAGGGAGGGAGGGAGGGAGGGAGGGAGAGAAACAGUCACGCACAUAUAUGCAACCGACGCAUUCAAUGUCCUUGUGCAUGUCUGUGUGCAGUUUGGAGAGGAUCGGUGAGGACGGCCAGGGCGAGACCUACCGCGCCACGCUCUUCUCCAUCAGCCUGCUCGGCUUCAAGCUCAGCCCACCCUCCGUCGGGGUCCGCGUCACAUCACGUGGGCCGACCGUCAUUGUCCAGGCCUUUGAUGUCGACAUUCCCGGCGUGCGGCGGGUCCUCGGCAAGCGAUUCGAAGAGACCCUGGCAGUGGACAUCAAGGGCAACCUCACCUGCACCACGCCCCGCGAGGCAGUGCCGACCAAAGUCGAGCUGCUGGUCGAUGUCGCCUUCAACGCCGAGGCCAUCGUGCCGGCGCCCCUUAGCUGGACGCCCGAGACUGCCUUUCGGCUGGCGGCGACGGGCCUGGCGCGGCAGAUCCUGACCUUCAGCCUGGGAUCGUUCUCGACACGGGUGGUGGGGGCGUUUCGCGAGUAUGAGCGGAGGGAGGGGGGGAGGGUGACUGUGUGACGGACGAUGGGUGGGUGCAUGUGUGGGGGUAGGGAGUAAGGUGUCUGACUGUACAGGGGACGCUGCGUGUGUGUUUGUUAUGGAUAAUGCGAGUCAGUCUCUCUCUCUCUCUCUCUCUCUCUCCCUCUCCCUCUCUCUCUCUCUCGUGUUCCUUGACUGGUGCGCGUGUGGUGUUGAGCCGCUGGUGGUGAUGUCGGCCCGAAUCCUUCCUGUCUGAUGGAUUCGCGCACCGUCAUACUCAACGAGAAGGAACACACACGGGCCGCAAGACGUCAAGAAGGGGACGUGUGGGGAGCGUGAUGCUGUCUGUCCUCUCGCGUACGUGUGGUGCUCUUGGAGGUCAUCGUCGCACGGCGUCCGAAUCCUUCAUGUCCUGAAGGAUUCGGGGUCCGUGCGGCGACAACCAGCAAGAACACACACGGAUGCGCAUGACUGUAUGCGCUCACUGCACACGACAUCAAGAAGGGGGGGAUUUUGCGUGGAUGUGUGCAUGAUUUGUGUGUGUGUGCGUGUGUGUGUGUGUAGAUACAGCCAGGACGGACGGCAGAUGGACGCCAGACAGGCAGUAGAGAUUAGACAGUUUGUCACCCAUGGAUGGAUGGAUGGAUGGAUGGCUGAGACGAGAAUGGGACGGGGUGACACACGUAGCCAGCAAGCAACGUUAUGCUGGCUGGCUGCCUCCAUGGACGAACCAAAACGAACGAACGAACGAUGAGUGAGGUCAGUAGUCAGGGCGUAGCUAGUGUUUCAAUGAACGGGGAGACACACAGGCAAGAGGUAGGGAGGUAUGUAGGUAGAGACAGAUCCGCCGAUCCGAUCGACGCACGAACAUGUGCAUGGACAAAUGGACAAAUGGAUGGAUGGAUGGAUGGACACGGAUACCUCAAUGUGAGCCUCCAACGAGCA